UGAGCCCCUGCAGGGUGACCCUCACUGAGGCUGUGCUGCAGCUCUGUGAUUGAUGGACACGCCAGCCGACCUGUGAGCUUUGGAUGCAAGAAAAGUCACCAAGCUUCUCCAGCGCAGCAGUUCAGACGUGGACCAGGAUUACAAGCAAGGGAGGACGCCCGGGAGACCAGGACCAGCGAGGCCUGCAGGGUCCUUUCUUUCUCAGCGACCAUGAUGAUCAAACCGUUUGGGAGGCAAGGAGAGGGAGAAGAGGACAUCAGCCCCGUGGCGUGGAUGGACGGAGACAUGAGCUCGCCGGAUGGAGACACACCUUUGACCUCACACCGCUACAGGGCCAACCAGCCGCCCAGGGAGGAGGGCAGUGAGGAAGCCGAGGAAGACGAGGAGGAGGAGGAAGAAGAAGGAGACCAGGAGGAAGAAAACCAGGCCAAACAAUGCGGCCCCAAGAGGAAGCGGGCGACUAAACCCCGGCAGGAGCGCUUCCGAGCCCGCCGCAUCAAGGCCAACGCCAGGGAGCGCUCGCGCAUGCACGGCCUGAACGACGCUCUGGAGAACCUGCGCGGCAUCAUGCCUUGCCACUCCAAAACACAAAAACUCUCCAAAAUCGAGACCCUGCGGCUGGCCCGGAACUACAUCUGCGCUCUCUCCGCCGCCCUGGACGGGGGUCUGUCCACGGAGAGCCGGGCUUUCAUGGAGACUCUGUGCAAGGGCCUCUCGCAGCCCACCACCAACCUGGUGGCGGGCUGCCUCCAACUGGGCCCGGCCACACCUGCCGGCGGGAGGCCGGACGACAGAGUCAGGCCGCCCCCGGUUCCCCUCGCCAACUACUCGUCCCCGGGCCUGCCGAGCCCCCCCUACGGCAGCUUUGACUCCGCCCACCUGCUCCACCUGAGGGCCAUGAAAGGAGCGGGUUACGAGAGCCACUCGCCAAAUGAGUAUACUACGGGCGGCGUGGGCACACCCCCCUACGAGGGGCCCCCGACCCCACCUUUGAGCAUCAGCAGCAACCUGGUCAGCAAACAGGAGCCGUCGCCUCACUACUUACCGCCGUCCCACUACUCCCCGUCCCCUGUGGACCACAACCUGUACCAGUCUCAGACCUCCUAUGGCGUACAGGCCUCGUAUGACUCCUACCACCCGCCGCACAUGACCCCCCGACAGAUAACCCCCGUCUACAGAGACUAAGAGACACUUCCUGCCAAGCGUAGAGUAAAGUGGUGCACACUUAGACCAUACCUGAUACUUCCUCCUCGUCAAAAUGACCACGUGGGAAUUCUACGCUCCACAAAGUCCUGAUCAUAAACAAGCACUUCUGGGAACAUAUCUUUUAUUUAUUGUCUAAUUUAAUACACGAUUGUGUACCCUAUUUUUCGGAGUAUAAUGCAUAGUAAAGAAGGAAAAAAACAUAUAUAAGUCGCACUGGAGUAUAAGUCGCACCCCCGGCCAACUAUGAAAAAAAACUGCGAUUUAUAGUCCGAAAAAUACGGUACAUGCGGCUCCGAUGACGUACUGUAUUUGUGUUAUUCUUCUUUGUGUGGUACUUGUGCUUCUCUUUCUUUUGUUUGUAGUCUUUUUUUUUUCUUGUGUGUAUUAUUGUAUUUUCAAGUCUGGACAAAGUAGCUUUCGGGGUUGGUUUUUAUACCAACCAAGAAAAAAAAAUCCUCUCAGGUUAGCAAUGGUAUGAAAACCUUUGAUUUGAUGUUUUGUCUUUGGAUAUUGCCAUUAAAAAAAGGAUCAACUGGUG